GCAUCUCCAAAAUCCCGACGUGCACGUGUGAAGCGCGUUGACAUCAGCGAUAUGGAACAGAGUGAAUUGGAGCAAAGCAUUCAUCUUGAGGAGGAUGGAUACAAACCUAGUCGAGACCUAAAAUUCUGUCUUGGUGACUACAUCACCGACAAAGUACCCGGUUUCGCAAAUGCUGCCAGGAAUUCUGUCUUGGUGACUAUAUUACCGACAAAGUACCCGGUUUCGCAAAUGCUGCCAGGAGUUGUUUAG